CCUGCCUGCAGCUCCUCAUUGAGCGCCACGGCGUCGCAUAUUUCCCGCUCACCUUCCACACAGUCGCACCUCCGCUGCCGUGGCCCCCAUGUGGCCCCUCCCUUACCGGACCGGACCGAUAAAUGGGUUAACUCUGUCACCGGGAGUAGCCGAGAUAAAUGCACCGGGAGCGUCGGGAGAUCCCUUCCCAUCUUCCCCGCGCUGUUUGACCGGGAGGCACCAUCCUCUCCGACUCGACAGAGUAGAUUGAAUUUAGAAUCGUGAUUUAUCAUUUCAUAAGAGGCGGCCGGCAGCAGGAGGAGACGGGAGCAGAAGGAGAAGGAGAAGAAGCAGCAGCGGUUCUAGACCCAGACCCGUGGGCGGCUGGGUGGCGUCCGUCUGGGCGAGCUGAUAGGACGCAGAUCUGGCACACUACCUCCCAACUGCUUCAUCCCAAAUAUUUUAAAGAUAUGGCGAUGAGAAGAAGUGAGAUGUAGACGCGGAUGGAAGGCCAUUCAUGUGGGUCUGGGCUUCAGCUGAAACGGACAACAUCUCCCACCUCCUCCUCCUCCACCACCACCCUCCUCCUCCUCCUCCUCCUCCUCAAACCAGUUGAUAUUUUUUAGAAUAACAACCUGAAAAGUGCGGAGCACAUGACACCCUGGUGAAUCCCCGUGGCAGGUCCCACACACAGACUGAAUGAGUCCACCUCUGGCUGUCGGACGGACUCCUCAAGAGCACAGGACGGAUGCAAACAGACUAAACACAUCUUGGCAAUUCAAAACACCCUCAGCGUCUCCGCCGACGGUGCUCUAACCGAGAGAGCGGGGUGAAUCUCACACCGGGGGGGCGACCAGGCGGUUCACUGGCAGGGAGAAGAUGCCAUUCCACCAUGUGCGGGCGGGCCUGCUCUAUCCAGACAACUACCUGAGCAGCUCCCUGACGGAGGGCAGCGAAUCCUUCCAGCUGACCAGCAUCUCCACAGAGGAGCUGGGAGAAAUCCGCGAGGCGUUCCGUGUUUUGGAUCGAGAUGGGAAUGGUUUCAUCUCCAAACAGGAGCUGGGCAUGGCCAUGCGCUCCCUGGGUUACAUGCCCAGCGAGGUGGAGCUGGCCAUCAUCAUGCAGAGACUGGACAUGGAUGGGGACGGCCAGGUGGACUUCGAGGAGUUCAUGACGAUACUUGGGCCCAAACUUCUGUCGUCCGACAACAGAGAAGGAUUCCUGGGCAACACCAUCGACAACAUCUUCUGGCAGUUCGACAUGCAGCAGCUGUCUCUGGAUGAGCUGAAGCAGGUGCUGUUCCACGCCUUCCGGGACCACCUGACAAUGAAGGACAUAGAGAACAUCAUCAUCACCGAGGAGGAGAGCCUCAAUGAAACCUCAGGGAACUGCCCUGAGUACGAGGGAGUCCAUCCUAAGAAGAAGAAUCGGCAGACGUGUGUCAGGAAAAGCCUGAUCUGCGCCUUCGCGAUGGCUUUCAUCAUCAGUGUCAUGCUUAUUGCGGCCAAUCAGAUGCUGCGGAACGGCAUGGAGUAACCAAUUGCACUGUGAGCAUGGAGAGAGGACAGAACAGCCAUGACCUCACAUCUUGUCUUUGCAGCCAAAGCUGGACCAGCCACAACCCGAGCACUUCUCUAAACAAUCAGUUCAGUUUUUGUUCAUUUAUUAUUUUUUUUUUAGUUCAAUUUUGAACUCGUAGAAGCAGACAGGUGUGGGCGGAGUGAAGAGAGGAGGUGUAUUUGUUUCGCAUUGAAGAUGUCACCAUGUAGAGUUACUGGACUUAUAAGAAGAGAGAGAAAAAAAAACCUGGACUGGGAAGGAAUUGUGUUUUUCUAUAAACGGCAAGGAUAAAUAGUGAGUUUUGUUUUGCUGUUUUCAAGACCGAGACCACCCUUUAAACUUGAUUUUCUAAUUACCGGAAAAUGUUUAUCAGGUGCUUUGAGCCAUUCCUAAUUUGAAAAAACAAACAAACAGUGGAUAUUAUGGACAACUGCAUAUUUACCCAAGAGAAGUGGCGUUGAAUGUGGAAUGAGUGAAUGUGGGUACAGUAUUUAACUGCAUUGUAAAUCCCUCACAUUUCAUAAAAUCACAUCUAAACAUCGCACCUUUUUGGUUUUUGUGGAACAUCGACAUCCUCGGUUCAGUCUGCUAAUCUUUGGGCAUAUCAAGUCUUUAUGUGUAUCUAGAAAGAGCACAAGUCGAUACUCAGCGAUGGACCACUUCAGAAUCGUCACCGUCCUGUUAUCUCUACUCUUUAGUCUUAAUACCGAUCGAUCAAUCGAUCGAUCGAUCGAUUCGUUUGUGUGGGUGUACAAAAAAGACAGCGCUGUCCACAUGCUCACUGUGAGCUCGUGCUUGUCUGAGAUCUGUGUGAAGGUACGAAACAGACGCCAGGGUAGCAUUUGGUUAACGUUAGCACCAGGAUGAGAUGUUAUUUUUAGUCAUGUGUUGGUAGAAAAUGUCUCACCUCAGUGUCUCAUUGUGAUACUGCCCAACUGUGGUAAAUAUAAACCACGCAAAAGCAUGCCAGUAUGUACACUGCCAUACCAAACACUGAUCCACGUUCCCAUGGGUUUCGCUGUAUAUAUAGUACUACUUAGCUCGUGUAAUGUAUUAUUCUUCUCAACAGCAGAAUGUACGAAGGGUAGAAACUAGUGAGAUAAAUCAGGGAUAUACAGAAGAGCUGUGAAACACUGUCGGCACGGCUGUUUUUCUUGGAGAAGGUCGCAUCCUAGUGGGUAAAAUGUGAACUGCAGCUUGAACAACCACGUUUACAAGGUGUUCAGAAGUCAAGACAAACACCACUUAAUCUGAGCUUUGACACGUGUCAGUGUCACGCAGCCAGUUCCGUCUGUAUUGGAUUUAUUCUUUAUUUUUCUUUUCGGCUACAACCCAAAUUGUGUUGUCGCACCGGUGUGCAGCUCAGGACCGGAUGAGAGCCUGAAGGUGACGGCUGCUGUACCUGCAGUAGUUUCUGGGGUCAUAGCUGUGUUUUAUGGUUCAGGCCUGAUAGCUCUGCAGGUUUAUAUGAGCUUUCUGGGAUGGAAAAAGUUUCGUCAAGGUUGAAAGGAGUUUACAAUCAUGCUCCUCUUCUUUUAUAAUGGAGCAGCCCGAGGUUGAACAUCCCAAUGACACCACAGAUUAAAUUUCUAGAUGUUUUUUUUUUUUUUUUUUAGCGGGUGUGGGGUCGGGUGAUAAAGACAUGUAAUUGUUUUUCUGUCAGUGAAGUAGUACCGUAAUUAAAUGUUCAGACCCUGUGAUUCUUCUGCAAAAUUAUGCUGUCCAACUGAAGGACUGCAAGCAAACUGUCACUCAAAUCGAAGAUUACCUGCGAUUAAUUUUUGUUAAAGGAUAACUCUGUUUACAGGUCUUGGAGAGAGCUACUGCAUAUAUACAUAUAAAAAACUAUAAAGUAUAUAUAAAGUAUAAAUAGUAUAAAGCUUUUUCUGUUGCCAGAGGAAGCUGCAUGUCAUCUGGUAAAUUGCCUCCAGUGAUGUCACUCAGUACCUAAACUGCAUUGUGGGUAAUGUAGGCAAGUCUCCCUUUCAUAAAAGUAAAGAUAUCUUGUUAAAAUAUUAUUUUGGUAAAAGUAAAAGUCAACCAUAUGAACAGCACGUGGGUAAAGGUCCAAGAGAAUCAGAUAUUAAAUGUACACAAGUAUCAAAAGUACAAAUGAAAGUAAAUUUAGAUGAAUUGAUGCGCUACAUAUUAUAGCCAGCCAAUUAUCAGAUCCAAUAUUAUGAAAUAGAUUAAUUAAGAAAUGAGCUACCUAGGCACUGAUGUAGUCUAUAAAGUAACCAAUAAAGAUGGAGAUGGAGUAAAAGUAUAAUAUCUGCCUCCAAAAUGUAGUGAAGUGGAAGUAUAAAGAAGCACGAAAUGGAAAUACUCAAGUACAGACGUCUAAAGCAAAUAUACUUAAAUGUGCAAGACCUGUAAACACACUUUAAUGUGUUGUUACCCUUUAAACACAUUUAAAAUUGGUAAAAUACGGUUUAUUAAUAUAAAUUAUAUAAUUUUAUAUGUGAUAUUCGUGUGAUUUUAAAGAUCCAGUGUGCAGGAUUUAGAGGCAUAAAUGGAAUAUAAUAUUCAUAAUUAUAUUUCAUAUGUGUAUAAUCACCUGAGUUGAAGAAUCGUUGUGUUUUUGUCACCUUCGAAUGAGCCUUUUAUAGUUUAUUAGAGUCUACACAGUCUGCCAUGUUGCACUGCCAUGUUUCUACAGUAGCCCAGAACGGACAAACUAAACACAGGCUGUCAAUCGCUCUUAGAUGCCACUAAAUCCUACACAUUGGACCUUUAAGUAGUGAAGCUCUUUGCAUUAAUACUCUGACAGUUAUCUGAGCCCAGCCCUACGUAGACGCCAUGACAGCCUACAUAUGUGGAUUCACUAAAUGACGCGGACGUUAUUUGAUUAGGAGGCUGUUUGUUCCCAUUAAUACCGCCGAGUGAUUAUUUGUUCUCCGGUCUUUUUGCCGAGGCCGGACGAAAACAAAACAAGAUACUCCACUCAAACUAAUGUGCAACCAUGUGAGAUUACAUCUUAGAUGAAUUAUUAAAGCGGAGAGGGCUUUCUUUUAAAAUGGAAAAAAUAAAAAUAAAAUAAGAAUAGCUUUGUAAGAUCACAGCAAAAAUGUAUUAUACUGUAAAUCAGUAUGCAUGUUGUUGUUUAGAUUUCCGUUGUCUUUGAAAGACGAGGAAAUCCAUUUAAUCUUUCUUUGUGGUGGCACAGCCUUGGUUUCAAUGUAGGUAUGUAUGUACUUCACAUAUUUGACUUUCCAGUUUGUACUGUAAUAGCCAUUUUUUCUAGUUUCUACCAGCUAUUAAUCAAAUCAGAGUGCAGGAGAGGGCAUUUUCAUAAAUAUGCAAAUACAAGGUCACUUCAUCAUCAUCUCUGUUUCACGUCCUCAUGGGUUGAGUCUGUACAGGCCUCACUGUGGAUGGUUAAACUUGACAUGGAAUACAGUAUAAUGUGUGUUUUCACUGCCUCAUAGUCCUGUAUAAACUGCUGUAAAAUGUAUGCUACACUUAUCCUCGUAAGUCAGUUUUACGUCUUUGAUAUUCUCAACACAUCGACAUUCGACCAGUGGACCAUGUUUUCACCUUUGUCUACCCACGUCAUGGUCCUCCUGAAACCAGCAUAGACCACUUUAUCUUAACAAUUCUCUAAUAAUUGUGCCACUCAGACAUCCUUGCAUGGCUAUGUGAGGGGAAAUUUGUUUGAAAGACCUUUUACCAACACUUUUGAAGUUUACAUUAUUAUACUGUACAUCUUUAACGGGACGGAGUCAGUUCAUGAUUUUCAUGUUUUUUGAAAGUUGCUUUUGAGAUUUGUUUUUACCAAAACAUGUUUUUACCUUGUAGAUUGUAUAGAGAUUAAAAACUAAACACAGAUAUGUAAUACAAAACCUUGGCAUGCUGCUUAGAAAAGGAGAAAGAAAAACAGCAAUAGUCGCCAACUGAAUGGAUAUUUAAAAAUGCAAAUAACAAGUUUAAUCUGUUUAAUCUAAAAAAAAAAAAAAAUUUAAAAAUAUAUCCAUAUAUGUUUAUGCAAUAAAACCUGGUUUUGAUAGAAA